AUGGACGGUGGUGGCAGCGCCAUGGAGCACGGCCGCACAACUUCGAUGCCGGGGCAGGUGGGCUCGGGCAUUGAACGGCUCCAUGGGAGCAGCAGCAUGCGGUGCACCCAGUCAAGCUUGGGCAGUGCCCCGGCGCCGGACGCACGCGCUGGUUUCCGGCAAGCUGGACAUGGUGAUGGAAGUGCGCCCUAUGUUAAUAGGGUGAGCAUCGGUGAAGCUAGAAGGAGGGAAACUGUCAACCCCGACAACGAAGAUAACAUUCUGAUGGGGAAUGGUUCAGCUCCAAGAGAGACAACUUGGAAAGGGCUUAUAAGCAAUGACAUCUAUUAUAUUUGGAACCAUGGCCCCAAGUUUGGUGGGGGAUUUGAUUAUCGGUACUUCCCUCUAAUCACUAGAGGGGGAGGUGCAACACGCUUUAGGGAGCACCUUGGAGGUAUACCAGGUGAUGUGAGGGAGUGUCCUAAUGUUCCAAGAAAUAUCCGUGCUGCAAUGAGGGAAUCCCGGGAUGACUCAAUGCGGAGGAAGAGGGAAAAGAAAAAUCGCAGAUUUCAUUUGGAAAGGGAUAUCAUGGAAGGGUUGUACGAUGGAGAAGGGGUGAUAAAUAUUGAAGAUGACGAGGAAGAGAUUCAGGCUGCACUUCGGGAGACACUAAGAGACAAGAAUGUCUCUCGCGCAGUUGAGAGGAGGUGUGGGAGUGGCAGUGGUGUUCGUGUGUCUCUUGGGAAACAGAGUAUCACAGCAUACUUUGACAAGGAAUUGUCAAGCAACAAAGUAUCAAUGCAGCCAAAGAUCAACACUGCUUUGAAUGUUGAGUCAAAAGAUGUACUUGGCCAAGCUUGGGCAAAGUUUUUUCAUGCUAAUGACAUUGCUGGUCUGAAAGCAAAUUGUCCCUAUUUUCGUGCGGCUGUCAAGAUAACUCAAAACCUUGGCCCGGCUCCUGUUCCAACUGCCAAGGAGAUUGAUGGGAUAUAUUUGGACAAGAAUUAUGAAGAAGCUGAGCAGUGGUUGAACAUGUUCAAGCAAGACUGGAGGAACUAUGGUGUAACUGUGGUGUGUGACUCAUGGACAGGGCCUACUGGUAUGAGUCUCAUCAAUUUCAUGGUGUAUUGCAAUGCACGGAUGUUCUUUCAUAAAUCCAUUGAUGCUUCUGGUCAAUCUCAGACUGCAGAUACGUGCUGAAGAAGAAGAAGACCCGGUGAGAGAGAAUGAUAAGCAGAAGGAAGUUGAUGCAUGUGCAAUGAUGAUGGAUACAACCAUGUUUGAUGCAACAAAUCCUAUGAUGGAAUGGUUGAAUGAGGAUGAGGAGCAUGCAAUCUUGGAUGGAGUUGAUGCUGCUAGCGCCGUGUUUGAGAAAAUACGUUUGCUUAACUCAAGUAGGAAAGUGUCUCGUCUUGCAAGGAAGGAUAAUGGCAGGAAAAGAAAGAGGGUAGAGGAAGAAGAGGAUGACUACCAUGAUAGUGAGGAUGAUGAUGAAGAGAAUGAGGAGCUGGACCUGGAAAUUAAUGAUGAUGGUAGCCAUGAUGAUGGUGCAAGUCAAUCUGAUGGAGGAGAUUCGCCAAUACAAGUUGAAAAGGAUUUAGCAAGCCAAGUUGGAAACAAUGUUGAGGUAACAAGUGAUGGUAGUUUGGUGAACCGUAGAUCUGAACAGGUUAGGCAAGCCAAGAAGGUCAAGGAGGUCACCAGCCUUUACAAUUGACAAGUAAGUUCCUUGUGAUGACAUCAAUAAUUUUCCAUUUAUGCACUUUCUUAUAUUCUGUCAUAAACAUGUGAUGUUUGCUUUAGUCCAUAUGAUUUUAUAUGUUGUUUCAAUUGGGGUUGCCAUCUAUUAAUUGUUGUUUCUGCCAUCAACUUGAUGUUUAUAUAAUUCACAAUGCUUUAGUCCAUAUGAUUCUAUAUGGUGUUUCAAUUGGGGCUGCCAUCUAUGAGUUGUUGCUGCCAUCUACUUGUAAUGUUUAUAUAAUUCACAAUGCUUUAGUCCAUCUGAAUUUAUAUGUUGUAUUAAUUUGGGCUGUCAUCUAUGAGUUGUUUCUGCCAUCUACUUGUAAUAUUUAUAUAAUUCACAUUGUUUCUGCCCAUAUGAUUUUAUAUGUUGUUCCAAUUGUGGCUGCCAUCAUUGAGUUGUUGUUUCGGCCAUCUACUUGUAA